AUGGCAGAACAACUUGCACGCGGCAAUCAAUACCAGUACACGGCUAACUCAAACCUUGUAUUGCAAGCAAACAGAUCUGAACUACCCCGUCGUGAUCAUGAACCUUCCGGUGAGCCAGAAUCUCUUUGGGGGAAAAUAAACCCUAAAGAAUUUGGUUCCAGAGCGCAAAGAAGCACCGUCAAAGAUCUAGAGGCAAAAAAAAAGAAAGCCCGUCAGGCAGAAGAAGUUGAGGAGAGAAAAAGGAAAAGAAAGGAAGAGACUGACAUUAAAAAAGCUUAUAGUUAUUCUAAUGUGCUGGCUGCGACAGAAGACGUAGAAAGUUUAUCAUACAGGCCGAGAACAAAAGAAACACGGGAGGCUUAUGAACUAAUACUAGCGUUUGUAUACCAAAAUCUUGGCGAUCAAAGUCAAGAUGUGGUUCGUAGCGCUGCUGAUGAUGUAUUAAAAAUUCUAAAAUCAGACGCAUUAAAAGAUUUUGACAAAAUGAAACAAGUCGAAUCAUCCAUCGGACCAAUAUCUUCAGAUCGUUUUGCACAACUUGUUAAUCUUGGUAAAAAACUAACAGAUUACAGAGCCGAGGAUGAUAUGGAGAUUGACAAGGAAGGAGAACGUGCUGGUGACAUUGACGAUGAAUUAGUAGAUACAGAAGAUGAAGAAGAUGAGGGAGGUGUCGAAGCAGAGACAACUGGCAUUUUAGGAUUAGGACAAAUCGACAAUGAAGGUGAAGAUUUUGGAUCGGAAGAAGAGAAUGAAGGUUUCCGCAAAGUACAAGAACCAGCAACUUCUGUGUCCAAAAAGUUGACUGAAACACAAGCUGAUAAAAAAAUUUCUCCCCACGAUAUUGAUGCAUUUUGGCUUCAACGUCUUAUUUCAAAUUAUUAUUCCGACCCUCAUACUGCUCAAGAAAAAACUUCGAGCACAAUGCAAAUCCUUGCUUCAGAUUUUGAUCCGCGUGAAUGUGAAAAUGCAUUAAUGGGAUUAUACGACUACGACAAAUUUGAUCUUGUCAAAAUAUUAACAGCAAAUCGAGAUGUAAUUGUGUGGGGAACAAAAUUGGCACGAGUUGGAGCUACAAGUUCCGAGCGCCAGCAAAUAGAAAAUGAAAUGCGACAAAAGGGUUUGGUGUGGAUCCUAAAGGAACUUGCUGGUGAACGAGUACGUCGUGGUGAAGGUGCUGCCCGCAGAGGAGUCGUCGAAAACAUAAUGGAAAUUGAUCAGACUCCUUCAGUCACUGCUACACAUGGUGCAGUUCCCUCGGCAACCAUGAGAACACAGUCAUCAACAACCCUUAUACCAAAAGCCGUAGUCGAUCUUGAAUCUAUGUCAUUUACACAAGGUGGACAUUUAAUGUCAAAUAAAAAUUGUACACUUCCUCAAGGCUCGUUCAAGAAACCGAUGAAAGGCUACGAAGAAAUUCAUGUUCCAGCGCCAAAACCAAAAGCGUUCGCAGAUGAUGAAAAACUUAUUCCUAUAAAAAACAUGCCUACUUGGUCACAAGAAGCUUUUCGAGGUGCAGAAGAACUAAAUCGUAUUCAGAGUAAACUUUACCAUGAAGCAUUUGAAACAGAUGAUAAUUUGUUACUUUGCGCUCCGACUGGAUCUGGAAAAACCAACGUGGCUAUGCUUUGUAUACUUAAUGAAAUAUCCAAACACCGUGACCCUGAAUCUGGACUCAUUGAUUUGGACUCGUUCAAAAUUGUAUAUAUUGCACCCAUGAAAGCGUUAGUACAAGAGAUGGUUGGCAAUUUUUCAAAACGCUUGGAAUCUUAUGAAAUCAAAGUUUCCGAAUUGACGGGUGACCGACAGUUAACUAAACAGCAAAUCGCCGAAACUCAAAUUAUUGUCACUACGCCGGAAAAGUGGGAUGUAAUAACGAGAAAAGCCACAGAUCGUAGCUAUACUAAUCUAGUGAGGCUCAUCAUUAUUGAUGAAAUUCACUUGCUACAUGAUGAUCGUGGACCAGUUAUUGAAAGUAUUGUAUCACGUACAAUUCGUCACAUGGAAGAAACCCAGGAAUUGAUAAGAUUAGUAGGGCUUUCUGCUACUUUGCCUAAUUAUGGAGAUGUAGCGACCUUCUUAAGAGUGGAUCCUAAUAAGGGCCUAUUUCAUUUUGAUAACUCUUAUCGGCCAUGUCCAUUGAAACAAGAAUAUAUUGGCGUUACAGAGAAAAAAGCAAUCAAACGAUUUCAAGUAAUGAAUGAAGUCGCAUAUCUAAAGGUUAUGGCACAAGCAGGCGUCAAUCAAGUAUUAAUAUUUGUGCAUUCACGAAAGGAAACUGCCAAAACCGCAAAAACUAUCCGAGACAUGGCUCUAGAAAAGAAUACAAUUGGACAAUUUUUAAAAGAAGGUUCAGUUACUCGUGAAAUUUUGCAAACAGAAGCUUCUACGGCAAAGGAUCCAAAUCUUCAAGAUUUAUUACCUUAUGGCUUCGGUAUCCAUCAUGCUGGAAUGACAAGGGCCGAUCGUACAUUGGUAGAAGAAUUAUUCGCAGAUAAACAUAUUCAAGUCCUUGUAUCUACAGCAACUCUGGCGUGGGGUGUGAAUUUACCUGCACAUACUGUCAUUAUAAAAGGCACGCAAAUUUAUUCACCUGAGAAAGGUCGCUGGGUUGAACUUAGUCCCGAAGAUGUCCUUCAAAUGUUAGGGAGGGCUGGUCGUCCACAAUAUGAUACAUACGGUGAAGGAAUCAUCAUAACCUCUCAUACGGAGCUGCAAUAUUACUUAUCAUUGCUGAAUCAACAAUUACCUAUCGAAAGUCAAUUCGUUAGUAAAUUGGCCGAUAACUUGAAUGCUGAAAUCGUACUGGGCACAGUUCGAAAUCGGGACGAAGCAGUACAAUGGCUGGGCUACACUUAUUUAUAUGUCCGAAUGCUACGCAAUCCUACACUAUACGGUAUCACCCUAGAUUAUCUGGAUGAAGAUCCUUAUCUUGAGCAAAAAAGAGUUGACUUAAUUCAUUCUGCUGCUUCUUUACUUGACAAAUCUAAUUUAAUAAAAUACGACAAGAAAAGUGGCAGAUUCCAAGUCACUGAAUUGGGUCGCAUCGCUUCCCAUUUCUAUAUAACACACACCUCAAUGGCCACUUAUAAUCAACAUCUGAAGCCGAUGAUGGGUCACAUCGAACUAUUCCGGGUAUUCGCAUUAUCUGACGAAUUUAAAUACAUCCCUGUUCGUGAAGAAGAAAAACUUGAACUUUCCAAAUUACUUGAGCGAGUGCCAAUACCUGUUAAAGAAAGUAUUGAAGAACCUACAUCCAAGAUUAAUGUAUUAUUACAGGCAUAUAUCUCUCAACUUAAAUUAGAGGGAUUCGCUCUUGUAGCCGAUAUGGUCUAUGUCACGCAAUCAGCCGGCCGAAUCCUUCGUGCCAUGUUUGAGAUUUGCUUGAAACGUGGUUGGUCACAGUUAUCAAGAAGAGCUUUAGACUUGUGUAAAAUGGUGGAAAAACGAAUGUGGCUUUCAAUGACUCCGUUCCGCCAAUUCAGAAAACUGCAGAUGGAACAUAUCAAGAAAAUUGAAAAGAAGGAAUUCGAAUGGGAGAGAUAUUUCGACUUGGGAAUACCUGAAUUGUCCCAACUGGUGGGACAAAAUCUCGCUAAACUAAUCUACAAAUUAGUUCAUCAAUUUCCAAGAUUAUCAUUGAAAUCAUUUGUCCAACCAAUUACACGGUCUCUGCUAAAGGUCGAAUUGACGAUUACACCUGAUUUUCAAUGGGAUGACAAUAUUCAUGGCACAGGCGAAGCCUUCUGGAUAUUAGUUGAAGAUGUUGAUGGUGAAGUCAUUCUAUAUCAUGACUCCUUCAUAUUAAAGAGAAAAUAUGCCGAAGAAGAUCACGUUAUCACUUUCACAGUUCCACUCUUUGAACCUUUACCACCCAAUUACUUUAUUUCUGUUAUAUCAGACCGCUGGUUGCAUUGUGAGACUAAAUUGCCAGUUUCAUUUAGACAUUUAAUCCUUCCCAAGAAAUAUCCACCACACACAGAGUUAUUGGAUAUGCAACCUUUACCUGUUACUGCCUUACGUAACCCCGAAUUCGAAAGUGUCUACAACACAUGGGUUGAUAAAUUUAAUCCUAUUCAGACGCAAGUAUUUAACGCAUUGUACAAUUCUGAUGAAAAUGUAUUCGUCGGUGCACCUCCGGGCUCUGGCAAAACUGUUUGCGCCGAAUUCGCUUUAUUACGAUUAUGGUCAAAACCCAACCCUGGACGGUGUGUUUACAUCGCCCCGUUCCAAGAAGUUGUUAAUCAGCAAGUUGCGGAGUGGCAACAGAAAUUCGGUAACAUCCAAGGUGGGAAAAAUAUCGUUGCACUCACCGGUGAACUCUCUGCAGACCUAAAACUACUGGAAGGAGGUGAUGUAAUCUUCGCCACUCCAACUCAAUGGGACUUGAUUUCUCGAAGAUGGAAGCAGCGUAAAAAUGUUCAAACGGUUGCAUUAUUAAUCGCCGACGAAAUUCAUUUGAUUGGAAGUGACGUUGGUCCAACUUAUGAAAUUAUCGUGUCUAGAAUGCGCUAUAUCGCUGAGCAAAUUAGUGGCGAGAAAAAAAAAGCUGGACAAACAGCAAAUCAAAUUCGAAUUGUAUGUUUGAGUACAUCAUUAGCCAAUGCUUUAGAUCUUGGUGAAUGGAUUGCAGCCAAACCUGUCAACAUUUUCAAUUUCCAUCCAAGUGUCCGACCCGUACCAUUGGAAAUUCAUAUUCAAAAUUAUAAUAUUCCUCAUUUUGCUUCAUUGAUGAUAGCUAUGGCCAAGCCUGUCUACAUCUCCAUCACGACAUAUUCCUCCGAUAAACCAGCUAUUGUGUUUGUACCUUCACGAAAACAAAGCCGUCUGGCGGCGAUUGAUUUGCUUACAUUCAGUGCUGCUGAUGGUGUUCCCGAUCGCUUUUUACAUGCAAACAUCGAGGAAAUUCAAGAAUAUCUAGACAACAUAAAAGAUAAAGCUUUAUUAGCUACAUUACAACAUGGUGUUGGAUUCUAUCACGAAGCUUUGGAUGAAAGAGAUAAAGAAAUUGUCUUGAAAUUAUUUAAAGCUGGGGCAAUUCAAGUCGUAGUCGCAUCUCGUGAAACAUGUUGGGGUCUGAAUUUGAAUUGCCAUUUAGUUGUCAUUAUGGGCACCCAGUAUUAUGAAGGCAAAGAACAUCGAUACGCAGAUUAUCCUAUAACCGACGUGCUUCAGAUGAUGGGUCGAGCUUGUCGUCCUCGUGAAGAUGAUACCGGCCGAUGCAUUCUAAUGUGCCAAGCGAUCAAAAAAGAAUUCUACAAGAAAUUCUUAUAUGAAGCACUCCCAGUUGAAUCACACUUAGAUCACUUCUUACAUGAUCAUUUUAAUGCAGAAAUCAUGACAAAAACGAUAGAAAACAAACAAGAUGCAGUUGAUUAUCUGACAUGGACUUUCCUAUACCGACGAAUGGUUGAAAAUCCAAAUUACUAUGGUAUGCAGGGCUCCGAUCACAGACACUUGUCCGAUCAUUUAUCCGAAUUGGUGGAAACCACGGUGAAUGAUCUGGCGGCUUCGAAAUGUAUAAGUUUAGAAGAUGAAAUGGAUGUUGCUAGUCUGAAUUUGGGUAUGAUCGCUGCAUAUUACAACGUGAGUUACAUUACCACAGAAAUGUUCAGCAUGAGCUUAAAUCCGAAGACAAAAAUCCGAGGACUUUUAGAAAUUGUUUCCUCUGCUGCUGAAUUCGAAUCUAUUCCAAUUCGCCAUCAUGAAGAUAAAGUACUUAAAGCUAUUUACGAUCGUCUCCCUGUCAAGCUUAAGUCUCCGAAAUUUAAUUCGCCACAUGUAAAGACAAAUAUCCUUUUGCAAGCUCAUUUCUCUAGAACACAAUUGCCCCCAGAUUUGCAAUCCGAUCAAACCAUGAUACUAGGAAAAGUUAUUCCUUUACUUCAAGCUAUUGUUGAUGUAAUCAGUUCCGAAGGAUGGCUCAAACCAGCUUUAGCCGCAAUGGAAUUGGCACAAAUGUGCGUUCAAGCUGUAUGGGAUCGCGAUUCAGAGUUGAAGCAGGUUCCAUACUUUACUGAAGCGGUGAUUGAGAGAUGCAAAAGUCAUGGAAUUGAAAACGUCUUUAAUCUGGGAGAAAAAGAGGAAGAUGAACUACGUGAAAUUCUGCAAUUAAACGAUUACGAAUUCAAUCAGGUUGCCAGAUUUUCGAAUCGGUAUCCCGACAUUGAAGUUGGAAUAAAAGUAUUAGAUGAAGACGAAUUAGUGGCCGGUGGACAAGGCACUGUUAUUAUUCACCUGAAACGUGAUGAAGACAAUGAUAUCGGCACAGUGAUAGCACCAUACUUUCCUCAUAAAAAGGAUGAGGGCUGGUGGAUAGUUGUUUGCGACCCAGAAGAUAAUAAAUUGCUUGGUAUCAAACGUAUCACACUUAAUCGUGAAUUGGAUGUUAAGUUGGAGGUAACGUUUCCGGAAAAAGUUGGUGAGCAAACGCUCACUCUUUAUUACAUGUCAGACUCUUACACGGGUUGUGACCAAGAUAUACAAUUUGAGGUACAAUUGCAUGAGCCUACGGAGGAGGAAAGUUCUGAAGAGGAGGGUGAAACAAAGAUGGAUGUAGAAUAG